UUUUGCAAUCAUAAUGAAUUCAUCAUCAUCCGAAGGUCUGUUCCUCUUCUUCUCUGCGUAAACCCUACUUGCAGCAAUUAACAGCCACCAUCUCAAAUCUAGUCAGCUUCCUAGAGCCUGCAAUGAAGACCACCGUUUCCAUUUAAAGUACUCCAUCCCCCACUCUCCUUACACUUAAAUGACCAUUAUAAUUUCAUUACUAUCUUCACUUCCCAUACCCUAUAAAACCACCACCGCCGUAAUGAAACCAUCACCACUACAACUUUGUCAAACCACCUUCAAAACCAACCAUGGCAUCUGCAUCUAUUUCCAUCCCUGUGAAAAAAAAAAAACAGAACAUUCGACACCCUUGAAGGCACUUUCUGCAAAGAAGAAAUUCUAUUCAGAUUAAUCCACUUCUAGGAGGCUCGCAAUCACACUAGAGGCAACCUUCUCAUUGGUCUAGAACUGUUACUGAUAGAUGAAAAUGCAACAACAAUCCAAGCCUUCAUACCUGCUAACAGAAUCAGUCGGUAUGAAGUCUUCCUGAAAGCUAAUUCAGUCUACACCAUCAACAAAUUCAUAAUCAGCCCGUGCAAGAAACUUUUCAAAGUUUCUGAUCACAAAUACGGCAUAUCUUUCUGCAAUCAAACCGAAUUGCAAGAAGUUACUAAAGGAGACCACAAAAUCGUUUCUCAGAAAUUUAGGCUCCGACCUUUCAAUGAUUUUGCAUCCAUCGUUGACAGAAACGGUGAGCUUUAUGAUGUCAUUGGCCAAAUUCGUCUCAUUACUGGGGACAACUUACAAGACACUACUACAAAUGCUGAAGCACCAAGAACUGCCAACGGGAAGUCUAAGGACAUAAUCUUCUUGCACCUCCUCAUGAGAGAUGGCGAAACAAUUCGUAUUUACCUCUGGGAUAUCAUUGCUGCAAAUUUCCGUACAAGAUGGAAUGCCAGUGAGUUAAAACCAAAUGUUCUGCUCCUCACCACUGCCAAUGCAAAAUUUUUGGGAGGUGCUGUAACACUUAGCUCAACAUCUGCUUCUCGCGUCUUCUUCGACGCUGACAUUGCUGAAACCUCAGAGUUUAUAACAUGGUUAAGUGAACAAGACCCAGCUUUUGGGAGCUCAUCCACCGCCGUAGCCAAGGUUGAAACGUUGACUAUAAAUGAGCUCAAUGAGUUUAUCGAAAAGGAAAUCCCACAGAAAAUCAACUUUCUAUGCUCCGUCACCAUCAUCAAGAUACUUGGCGAAUCUGGCUGGAAUUAUGUUUCUUGCACCUACUGUAAUACAAUGUUGGAAGAAUCAGACACUACACUGAUUUGCACAACUUGUAACAAACCUAACAAGGUUGGGAUGCUAAGGUACCGUUUCGAAGUAUUAGUCUCUGAUGCCAACAACGACGUCGCAACCUUUGUCAUUUUUGACCGUGAAGGGUUACACUUUCUCGGAAGAAGAGCUGCAGAAGUUUUCUCACUUGAAUUCCCUGAGGGUGAUGAUUCAGACGACUCUGGAAAAUUUAGCAAGAAGACACCACAAUGUAUCCUAGACAUUGUUGGUCGCUCAUGCAAAUUUCAGGUUAAGCUGACAGAAUACAAUUUCAGGGCAACCCGUCAAACUUUCACAGUCAACCGUAUAGUGGAAGAUAAUAUUAACAUCCAUAGCAAGCCAUCUGAGCAAGACAUUGAAGGAGAUAUGGGAGGAAAGGAACCCGGACAAUCUACAAAUGCUUCAAGUGGAAAGUCGAAGAAGAAGGCUGCGCACUUACAACUGGAAGACAACAAUAACAACAAGAUCCAACGCCACAACACCUAAAUCCGUGACCAAAUCUCAUAAUACCCUUGACGUGCAAACCCCACCAGCUUUUAUUAACGAGUUUUCAAUUUCCUGCUUAUUUCAAAGUCUACCCUUCUCUUCCACUUAUCGUCUAAAACUUUUGCUUCUUAUUACCAUAUGAGUCUCGCAUUAAUGGGAACUACUA